AUGCUUUUGAUGAAAAGUCAACUAAAAUUUUUUAAAAGACAAACUCCAAUUGCAUCACAAUCCGCAAGCAAAAAAACUUCAACAAAAAGCUCGGCAAGUCCGAGUGCUACUAUAAGCACAACGAACAAAAAAAGCGCCACUAAAUCUGUUUCCUCAAGUAGUAGUACAAAUAGUCAACCGUCGCCGACUGUAACUAAAGUUGAAUCAUCAAUUACGACCAAAUCGUCAUCUACAACUGAUCCAUCUUCACCAUCAAUAACCGAUUCUUCAUCAUCAAUUACGACCACGAAUAAUGGAAUUACUACCGAACUUCCUACAAUAUCCAUUCCAACCAAUGCAUCAGCUACACAAACAAUAACAAGGAGCGUAUCGAUCUCUUCGUCCACUGACCCUUCUGAAAUAACUAUAUCGGUAAGGACUUCUGAUAAUAGUGAGACUCUUUUGCCAACAAUUAUUAUUCCUUCUUCUAUAACUGGUCCAGUACCAACUACUUUUUUGCCAACAAUUAUUGUUCCUAGUACUGUAGAUGGUACAGCACCAACUGCAACUCGCCCUGUU